UCUGUGUGAUGCUCAAAGUAAAGUAACAGAGGAAGAAGCUCAGAGGAGAAAAACUCCUGAAGUGCUUUAUUUUUGGACGACUACCUCUUCAAUUUUACUUUGAAUCCUCCUCCAUUAGCUAAAUGACUUUUUUUCGUGCGUAAUCUUCUACUUUCUCAUUUUUUCCUUAAAAGCAUACUUUUUCACUUAUCAAUCUCUACAUUUAUCCCCUUUUGUCCCCUCCCACCUGCUGCAUCCACACCCUGAUAUUUUUUCCAGUGCUGUGGCAGCUGUUGGCUCUCUGAUUUCUUGAUAUGGCUAAAUAAGAGGUGGAAGGGUGGGGGGCUUGCCGGUGGUUUUCUUUGAGGGUUGAGAAGUUGCAGAGGGAACCAGGAGAAGAGGAGGAGGAUGGCGGUGGCUCUGGAAGAAGUUUGGGGGCGGGUGAAAAAUGUCUGCAAGCAGAACGGACUGCUCAUCCUGUCUGUGCUGGCCGUGGUCAUCGGCUGCCUGUUGGGCUUCUUCCUCAGAGGCAAGCAGCUCUCCGAGCAGGAGGUGAAGUACUUCCAGUUUCCAGGAGAGCUGCUAAUGAGGAUGCUGAAAAUGUUAAUUUUGCCCCUCGUCGUGUCGAGUUUGAUGUCCGGUCUGGCUGCUCUGGAUGCCAAGUGCUCCAGCCGCUUGGGAAUAAUGACCAUUUCAUACUACCUGUGGACCACCUUUGUCGCUGUGGUAGUUGGCAUUGUCAUGGUUUACAUCAUCCACCCGGGUGGAGCUGCACAGAAGGAGGAUUCUGAGGACAGCAAGAAGCCAAUGACCAGCUCUGCUGAUGCUCUGCUGGACCUCAUUCGCAACAUGUUUCCAGCCAACUUGGUCCAAGCUACGUUUCAACAGUAUCGAACCCAGAGAGUCGCAGAACUCAUCCCCAAACCGACAGUCGCUCAGCUCCUGGAUGAGACAACCACACGUAGGGUCUACAUUUAUGGCAUCCAGGAUGACAAUGGCACCGACACUCAGAACUUCUCCCUGGAUCUAACACCACCUCCUGACGUCAUCAUGAAAACAUCUCCCGGCACCAGUGAAGGCAUGAAUGUACUGGGGAUCGUUAUAUUCUCUGCAACCAUGGGAAUAAUGCUGGGAAGAAUGGGACCCAACGGAAGUGCUUUGGUCAACUUUUGUCAGAGUUUGAAUGAGGCGGUUUUGAAGAUUGUUGCCAUUGUCAUUUGGUAUUUCCCCUUUGGUAUUGUGUUUCUGGUGGCUGGAAAGAUCUUAGAGAUGGACGACCCUUCAGCCAUGGGGAAGAAGUUGGGCUUUUAUGCCAUCACUGUGGUAAUGGGCUUGGUGCUGCACGGACUGUUCAUCCUCCCGGCCAUGUACUUCUUCAUCACCAAGAAAAGCCCCAUAGUUUACAUAAGAGGCAUCCUACAAGCCCUUCUCAUCUCCUUGGCCACUUCUUCCAGCUCUGCCACUCUGCCUAUCACCUUUAAGUGCCUACUUGAGAACAACCAUAUCGACAGACGCAUCAUCCGCUUCGUGCUGCCGGUCGGGGCCACCAUCAACAUGGAUGGUACGGCGCUCUAUGAGGCCGUGGCAGCCAUCUUCAUCGCCCAAGUGAACAAUUAUGAACUGGACUUUGGGCAAAUCAUCACCAUCAGCAUCACUGCCACGGCCGCCAGCAUCGGUGCAGCUGGAAUCCCACAGGCUGGACUUGUUACCAUGGUGAUCGUGCUGACCUCUGUGGGUUUGCCCACUGAUGACAUCACUCUCAUCAUUGCUGUCGACUGGGCUUUGGAUCGAUUCAGGACCAUGGUCAAUGUGAUGGGCGACGCUCUGGCCACAGGAAUCAUGGCUCAUAUCUGCAGAAAGGAUUUUGUCAAAGAGGGAGAGCAGGUGCCUCUUAUAUGUGAGACCAAACCCAUGAUAAGCAUCCAGCAGAUGAUGAACUACCAGAACCAGAAGAACGGCUGCUACCAGCCGCCUCCACCGGGCAGCAAGCAGGACCACCUUUCCCCUGACGUGGCUCGCCUGAUCCAGCUGGAGGAGGGGAUUCGACCUGUAGAGAAGAAGAAGCACGCUCACGCCUCUCACCACAAGAGAGAACACAGGGACAAGGACCACUGUUCCAUUGACAUGAACGGGCUGGAGACUAAUGUGUAAAAAAUGAUCGCUCUGUCAGAGCCUACCGGUAUAUCCAUGACUGCAGGACCAGCAGGAGAGGACAAAGCAUUAAAGAGCCGAGGUGACCGAGUUCACAUGCUUAUCCCCUCGAGUGAGCGCAGCCAUGAGUAGAUGUAUGCAUGGGGAAAAAAAGACUUUUUUUUCCUACACAACCCAAAUGAUGACCCACGUUUGAUUGUUUGUUUGUGUGUGUACAUAUUUGUCAGAUAUAUACAUAUAUUGGGUAGCAGCAGUGGCCGUGUGCUACUCUGAAGGACCUUUUAAAUCAAGAACAGAUCCUGUGUGAGGACUGACUGUGAUCAGCAGUCUUAAAGGACUGCAUAUGGAGAACACAACCAACUUAUAUCCAAUGUAAUUUAAAGGCACCUUUUCCUCCAUGGACUGCAGACAAAAAACAAACGGACAUCAACUUAAGUCUCUUUUUAUGCUUUCUGAUCUGGUUUGUAUUUAGCACAAUAUUGGUUUUCUUUUUCUUUUUUUACAUUUCUCUCUUCUUUUUGUUGACCAUUGUGUUGUUUAUGAUAAGUCAGGGCAAAAAGUUCCCCAUUUGGUACAUUUUUCAACACAAAAAGACACAGCGGAACAAAACAAAACUGUUCUGCUAUAGCUAUUAGACAAACGCACAAAUGCAUGAGUUAAGUCCAUAUUUUAGAAAUAUAAAGCUCAACCACAGAAGGCGUUUGACUGUGACGGGUGCUUUGGGAUUAUGGGAUAUCAGGGGGCUGUUGGUGGGCUUUCUAGUUCCGUGUACUGCAAUCGGGCUCGUUCCCAGUGUUCAUAAUUUUUUUAAUCAUAAUUUCUAUACCCAGCUGAGGGUGUCAGGUUUGGUGGUUUGGUUUUUAUAGAAAAUCACAGAUGACCUGGUCUUGAUGGCUUCCUCGAGCCUUGACCUGCAGUAUGUACUAGGGCAGGUCACAGCUGAGUGUGGAAAAAAUGAGCACCUACAGGUCUGAGGCCAUGGCACACGAGCUUGCCAGAUGGACUGAUGCUGCAUCAGCAGUGAUGCAAAACAUGUGAUAGUCUAGUGUGGUGAAGAGAGGGCUAAGUGUUAAAGUAAAGCUAUUGAUCAACUGAUUAGUCUAUGCUCAUACACUCACCUAUGGCCACAGGCUUUGAGUGGAGACCAAAAGAAUGAGAUUGUGAAUACAAGUUGUGGAAAUGAGCUUCCUCCAGUGAACUUGUUCAUUCAGUAGAGGCUCACAGUAGAGCCACUGCUCCUCUGCACUGAAAGGAGGCAUUUGAGGUGGUUUUAGUAUCUGAGUAGAAUACCUCAUGGACACCUCGUAAGUGAGACGUUUUGAGCACAUCCUACUGGAGAAGGCGCUGAAGAAGGCCAAAUACACCCCCACCCCCACUUAAAUCAUGUCUAUUUGAAAGUUUAAGAAAAAACUCUGUGAUUCUUUUCACUUUCCCAUAUUUUCUUAGCCACAACUUUCCUUACACUACUCUUCUCUGCCUUGUUGUCCUUAGCCUAAGUGGGUCCUCUGCCUCAUAUCUCCACUGGUGCGUGUUCAAGGCAGAACGGUGAUGGAGAUCGCACUGAAAACAAAGACGAGUGUUUGUCCUUGUGUUGAAGUCACGCCACUUUAUCUUUGCACCCCACCUUAUUAUUCCCUCUUUGCCUUAAACAACCAAAGGAGAAGCAACCGGGACCGGCGCGAUGCUGAUGUGUGCUCAGACAAAUCAACACAAGUUAACAGCUCAUACUCUAAUGACCUUUCUAUGUGAUAUAUGCUGUACAUGUAGGUAUUUAAAGUUUAAGGAAAAUGUAGAUUUUACUAUCAUGUCAAUAUGUCGCAAAGGCUGCCAUUCUGUAUAUGUUUUAAAGAAACAUUUCACUGUAGUCCACUAUUUAUGAAAAUGUACCAACUCUGUAAAAUGGAAAAGAAAUGGGAAAAUAUAUUCAAAAAUAUAGACAGACAGCACUGCCUGAUUUAUUGGUUGACAAAUACAGAUGUGAGGUACUUUGGAUUUUAUCAAUAGGACUACUAAAAAAACAUUCAGGUACUUCAAGGACUGAAAACUGCAAGUAAAAAUGAUUUAACUGCAGUAGCCUGGCUUCAUCUGGAGCCCCAGGCCAUUUGCUUCAUCUCAUUCCCCCUCUUUCUACCCAAAAUCCCAUCUGUCGUUUAUUGACACCACCAAAUAAAACCCUGCAAAGCCCGAAAAUGUUCUUAAAAAUGAAGCAUUGUUUCAUAAAAGUAGAAAAUGUAGUCAACAAAUGUCCUACACAUGUGUAAAAGAAUCCUAUGUAAGGGUCCACAAACUAUUCAGUUUUAUCCUGUGAAGAAAUACUAUGAUGAGAUCGGUCUCUUCUAGGCUGAGAAUAACCAAGGACUCACUGAAUGGCUGUUGAGUACGAAUAUGAUGUAAAUCAUGUGCUAAGACCUUCAUAGUCAGCAGAUAUCAGACUAAUAGAAAACCUAUACAAGGUGCUGGAUUGACGUUACCUUCCAACUGACCUGUCGAAUAAGGAUAGACUGGGCCU